AUGCUCUCUCACCCCUCUGCGCCUUUCGCUCUCCCCAAACCCUCGAUCUCUCUGCCCUCGCUCCCUUCGCCCGGUCUCAGUCACCGAAGAUUUUGGGCUCGGAGCUCGGAAUCGAAGCCGACUGCGCUCUCUAACGGCGAUUCGGUAGCUUCGACGGCUGCGGUUGAGGGAGGAGAGGAGGAGGAUGGCGAGGCGGCUAGACUCUUUGAGAAACUGAAAGAUGCGGAGCGGGAGCGAAUAGAUAAAUUGGAGAAGUUCGAGAAUAAAGCGAACCUACAAUUAGAGAGACAGCUUGUCAUGGCUUCCUGUUGGAGCAGGACAUUGCUGACUUUGCAAGGCAAACUGAAGGGGACAGAAUGGGAUCCCGAGAAUUCUCAUAGGAUCGAUUAUAGUGACUUUUGGAGGCUUCUCAACUCAAACAAUGUUCAGUAUAUGGAGUAUUCAAAUUUUGGGCAAUCCGUUUCUGUAAUUUUACCUUAUUACAAGGAUGAGAAAAUGGGAGAAGCAAAUGGGAGCUCUAAUAAAGAAAUUGUAUAUCGGCGCCAUAUUGUUGAUCGAAUGCCUAUUGAUGGUUGGAAUGAUGUUUGGCAGAAGUUGCACCAACAACUUGUAAAUGUUGAUGUAAUUAAUGUGGAUUCUGUACCUGCCGAAGUCUACUCUACUAUUGCAACUGCUGUUGUAUGGUCUAUGCGGUUUGCACUUGCAGUUGGUUUAUACCUAUGGAUUGAUAAAAUGGCAAGACCAAUAUACUCGAAGUUAAUUCCGUGUGAUUUAGGCACUCCUCCAAAAAAAACAAGGGAGCCCUUGAAGCGUAGGGCCCUUGGAUCUUUGGGGAAAAGCCGGGCCAAAUUCAUAUCAGCCGAAGAAACUACAGGUGUUACGUUUGAUGAUUUUGCUGGGCAGGAGUACAUAAAGAGAGAACUGCAAGAGAUUGUUCGCAUAUUAAAAAACGAUGUAGAGUUUCAAGAUAAGGGCAUAUACUGCCCCAAAGGUGUGCUUCUUUAUGGUCCACCUGGCACUGGAAAAACUCUUCUGGCUAAAGCCAUUGCUGGAGAAGCAGGUCUUCCUUUCUUUGCUGCAAACGGGACUGAUUUUGUUGAGAUGUUUGUGGGUGUUGCAGCAUCUCGUGUUAAGGAUCUUUUUGCUAGUGCCAGAUCAUUUGCACCAUCUAUAAUUUUUAUCGAUGAGAUUGAUGCAAUUGGUAGUAAACGUGGCGGGCCUGAUAUUGGUGGGGGUGGAGCUGAAAGGGAGCAAGGGUUGCUUCAGAUCUUGACCGAGAUGGAUGGAUUUAAAGAAUUAACAUCACAAGUGCUAGUUAUUGGUGCAACCAAUCGUUUGGAUAUCCUGGAUCCAGCUCUUUUGCGAAAGGGUCGGUUUGAUAAAAUAAUUAGGGUCGGCUUGCCAUCUAAAGAUGGGAGACUGGCAAUAUUAAAGGUGCAUGCUAGGAAUAAAUAUUUCAGAUCUGAAAGCGAAAAGGAAACCCUUCUUGAAGAAAUUGCAGAAAAUACAAUAGAUUUUACUGGAGCUGAGCUGCAAAAUAUAUUGAAUGAGGCUGGAAUUUUGACUGCCAGAAAGGAUCAGGACUUCAUUGGACGGGAGGAACUACUGGAAGCUUUGAAGAGGCAAAAAGGUACCUUCACAACUGGCCAAGAAGACAGUACCGAAAUUCCUGAAGAAUUGAAGCUUAGGUUGGCUUAUAGAGAGGCAGCUGUGGCAGUUCUUGCCUGCUAUUAUCCAGAUCCUCAUCGCCCAUUUUUAGAGACUGACAUCAACACAAUUCGUAGCAAGCCAAAUAUGCGUUAUGCUGAAACUUCUGGGAGAGCCUUUUCCAGGAAACCUGAUUAUGUGAACUCCAUUGUGCGAGCAUGUGCACCCAGAGUGAUCGAGGAGGAAAUGUUUGGGGUUGAUAACUUGUGUUGGAUUUCUGCGAAGUCCACAUCUGAAGCUUCAACACGUGCAGAAUUCUUGAUUCUUCAAACAGGGAUGACAGCAUUUGGGAAGGCAUACUACAAAAAUCUGAGUGAUCUGGUGCCAAAUCUUGCAGCAAAACUGGAAGCUCUCAGGGAUGAGUACAUGCGUUUUGCUGUGGAGAAAUGCUCCUCUGUGCUAAGGGAAUAUCAUUCAGCCGUUGAAACAAUCACAGAUAUUUUGCUUGAGGAGGGAGAGAUCAAAGCAGAGGAUAUUUGGGAUAUAUACAAUAAAGCUCCUCGGAUUCCUCAGCCACCGGUACAUCCUGUUGAUGAAUACGGGGCACUAAUUUAUGCGGGAAGAUGGGGAAUUCAUGGGGUAUCUCUUCCUGGACGCAUUACUUUUGCACCAGGAAAUGUUGGGUUUUGCACAUUUGGUGCACCUAGACCAAUGGAGACACAGAUUAUUAGCGAUCAAACAUGGAAGUUAAUUGAUGGCAUUUGGGACAAAAGGAUACAGGAAAUCAGAGAAGAAGUUUCAAUGGAGGUUGAAGAAGACACAGAGAAACCACAGCUACUGAUGGCUGACCACUUCCUUUAAUGCUUCAUCCCAUAUUCGGGAUAAUUUUUUGAUCUCCUAUUGAUGAGGAGUAUUCAUUUAGGAACACGAUUUCACACGUUCCUGUUGUAAACUGGAAAGCCUCAAGCAGGGAUUUACUGGUGUUGAGGUUUUCAUCACUAGGUCUGAAAAGUUGGAUUCAAUCCUCCAUAGAAUGUAUAAAGCUGUGUUUGGUGGAUUUCUCAUUUGAAGCCUGCCAGUAGGGACACAUGACCCUGAUAUAUAACAAGCUAAGGCCUCUUAAUGUGAAGAAUUCUACUGUUUGCUAAAAGAAAGGCAGCAUAGUGGGGACGGCAGUUGAAAUUAGAAUAACCGUUGAGUAGGGAAUAUGGGAAGGAGCCUACGAGGGUGUCUGGGGAAGUCAUUUUUUGAGUAAAUUAUUACACCUUCCUUUUUGUGCAAUGCUAAUAAGUACCAUUGAUGUAUUGACUCCUCCUUUGUUCUACAGAAUUGAGAGAAUGUCAUUGUAUGAUAACUUUCGCCCCGGAUGUAUCAUAUAUUUGUACUGUGCACUAGUUGAGACAUAUUUAUCUCUACGAAGCAGCAUGUAUAUUUCAUAUAAGUUUAUGGAAUAUUUUUUUGUC